CACUCUUUGAUUUUGAGUAAUCAGCCGGACGUACGUUUGCUCGAUUGAGUCGAACGAGAUUCAUAUCAAUACUAGGUAUUCUUGCCAGGAUAGUAGUCUUGUCUACUUCCAUCGUAUAAAAGGGUGAGGACAUUGUCUGAAUGACGUUUCGUGCUCUACAAACAAGUCUGCAUAUUCGGCCUAGACCUGGCUCAUCCUCAAUGUCGGUUCUCAUUCCAGUUCAAACGCCCCCAUCGCGGUCUUUAUCAGGCCUGUACAAACCACAUCAACUCAAGGAGCUGCACUAUGGACCAGGCAUUGUUCAAGAAAAGCUGCUGUCGGCAUUACCAACGGAGUCGUCGCGGGCUUUCAUCGUGACGGGCCAGUCGCUGGCGACCAAGACGCCGUUAAUCAAGGAUCUGGAGAAACUCCUAGGCUCGAAACAUCAUGCAGGGACGUUCAGCAACAUCAAGGAACAUGCCCCCAUAGCUCAGCUGGACGAAGCAACGGACCAGGUGCAAGCAGACCAAGACAUUGACACCAUUAUCUCAGUUGGAGGAGGAUCUCCCAUUGACAGUAGCAAAGCCAUUAUUUUUCGAGUUCACGAAAAGUUUUCCAAGUGGCUGACACAUAUCACGAUCCCAACCACUUUGUCAGCGGCCGAGGCGACUGCAAUGGCAGGCUACACUACAGCCAGCGGGGUCAAGACCGGGAUUGCUCACCCCAAAGUGUACCCGAGUUAUAUCUUUUACGACGUAGGGUACGGGCUUUACACGCCACCACAACUCAUGCUCUCGACGGGACUUCGAGCACUGGAUCACGCUAUAGAGUCACAAUAUCACGCCAGCGCCUCGCUACCAACGCGUUUGAUCAGUCUGGGGGCUGUGGGUGAACUCUUCACUCAACUGACCAAAUACAAGGAGGAUCCAAAGGACGAAGACACCAUCACGCGCUUGUUCCUGGCAGCGUUUUCGAGUCUUGGCUUCAUGGGCCAGAGUCUCCGGGGCGGACUCGGGCUUUCGCAUAGUCUGGGGUAUGCACUGGGGUCGCCCUACGGAAUUCCUCAUGGGGUCACAUCGGGCUUGACACUUGGCCAUGUCGUCAAGCUUAUGGCUCGCAAAUCGCCUGAGAAUGCGGCCAACAUUGCCAAAGUCUUGCCCUAUAUAUCGGAGCAGUCGACUGGAGAUGCGGUCAAAGACGCCGAUAUUGUGGGCGAUCGCAUCUUGAAAUUGGUCAAGGAUCUAGGAGUGAAUACGACCUUGACUGAGAAGGGGGUGGGCAAGGAUCAGGUGGACAUCAUUGUGGCGAGGGCCACUGGAGGGUUGACGGCCGAUAAAGAGAAGACGGCGGAAGAAGAUGCAUUGUACACGCAUGUCAAGGCGCUGGUUGAGGGGUUGUAUUGAGGUCGAGUGUAAGGCUAUCUUGGUCGUUUUGAUGUAGUCACUAUAAUAGACAGUACCUACCUACGAGU